AAGGCGGCGCCACUAGCCCGCAACGCCCCGCCUCCCUCCCACUCUGCGCCUGCGCCGGCUGUGAGGAGGGGGAAAGCCUCGAGGGCAACCCCCCCUCCUUCUCCUCCGGCCUCCCCAGGUGGGGAGAGUUUCUAGAAGCCCGUCCCGGCGUCCUUUGCGGCCCCAACAUGGAGGAGCUGACGGUGGAAGUACGCGGCUCCAACGGGGCCUUCUACAAGGGGUUCAUCAAAGAUGUUCAUGAAGAUUCGCUCACAGUGGUGUUUGAAAACAACUGGCAACCAGAACGCCAGGUUCCCUUCAAUGAAGUAAGAUUACCUCCACCACCAGAUAUUAAGAAAGAAAUUGGUGAAGGAGAUGAAGUGGAGGUUUACUCAAGGGCAAAUGACCAAGAGCCUUGUGGAUGGUGGCUAGCAAAAGUUCGAAUGAUGAAAGGGGAGUUUUAUGUCAUUGAAUAUGCCGCUUGUGAUGCCACGUACAACGAAAUAGUAACGUUUGAACGACUUCGGCCUGUGAAUCAAAACAAGCCAGUCAGCAAGAACACCUUUUUCAAAUGUGCAGUAGAAGUCCCCGAAGAUCUAAGGGAGGCGUGUGCUCUUGAAAGUGCCCAUAAGGAUUUUAAGAAGGCAGUAGGAGCCUGCAGAAUUUUUUACCAAGCUGAAACGGCUCAGUUAAUAGUACUGUCUUCCAGCGAGGCAACGGUGAAAAGAGUAAAUAUACUAAGCGACAUGCAUUUGCGCAGCAUUCGAACCAAGCUGAUGCUCAUGUCAAGAAAUGAAGAAGCCACAAAGCAUUUAGAGGUGACUAGCAAACGCCUUUUUCACGAGGAAUUUGUUGUCAGAGAAGAUUUAAUGGGCCUUGCGAUAGGAACACAUGGGAGUAACAUUCAACAAGCCAGGAAGGUUCCAGGAGUUACUGCAAUUGAGUUGGAGGAGGACACUGGUACUUUCAGGAUCUAUGGAGAGAGUGCUGAGGCAGUAAAAAAGGCCAGAAGCUAUUUGGAAUUUGUGGAGGACUUCAUUCAGGUUCCUAGAGGCCUUGUGGGGAAAGUUAUUGGAAAAAAUGGUAAAGUCAUUCAGGAGAUCGUGGACAAGUCUGGAGUCGUUCGAGUGAGAAUUGAAGGAGACAACGAGAAUAAACUCCCCAGGGAAGACGGAAUGGUCCCUUUUGUCUUUGUGGGCACGAAAGAAAGCAUUGGGAAUGUCCAAGUACUUCUUGAAUACCAUAUUGCCUACUUGAAGGAAGUGGAACAGCUGCGGAUGGAGAGACUCCAGAUUGAUGAGCAGCUACGGCAGAUUGGCAUGGGUUUUCGGCCAACGUCCACCAGAGGUCCUGAAAAGGAGAAAGGCUACGCCACUGACGAAAGCACUCCUGCCUCCGUACAAGGCUCCAGGUCCUAUAGCGGAAGAGGUAGAGGACGGAGAGGCCCAAAUUAUACCUCUGGCUAUGGAACCAACUCUGAGCUGUCCAAUCCCUCCGAAACAGAAUCUGAGAGAAAAGAUGAACUGAGCGAUUGGUCCCUGGCAGGAGACGAUGAGAGGGAGAGUCGACACCAGCGGGACAGCAGAAGACGCCCACCAGGGGGGAGAGGGCGCAGUGUUUCUGGGGGUCGUGGACGUGGUGGCCCCCGUGGUGGGAAGUCGUCAAUCAGCUCUGUGCUGAAAGAUCCAGACAGCAACCCUUACAGUUUACUUGACAACACAGAGUCUGACCAGACUGCCGACACCGAUGCCAGUGAAUCGCACCACAGCGCCAACCGGCGCAGGCGAUCCCGCAGGCGAAGGACUGAUGAAGAUGCCGUUUUGAUGGAUGGGAUGACAGAGUCUGAUACUGCAUCAGUCAAUGAGAAUGGCUUAGAUGAUAGAGACAAAAAACCCCAGCGACGCAACCGUAGCCGCAGGCGUCGCUUCAGGGGUCAGGCAGAAGAUAGACAGCCAGUCACAGUUGCUGAUUAUAUAUCAAGAGCAGAAUCUCAGAGUAGACAAAGAAAUCUCCCAAGGGACACACUGGCCAAAAACAAGAAAGAAAUGGCAAACGAUGUGAUUGAAGAAGUCAGCCCUUCCGAAAAGGCCAUGAAUGGCCCUGCAGCUGUUCCUGAGCCUGAGCCUUCGAAGCUGCAGAAGAGCCCGGAAGAAAGGCCUAGCGCCGUACCGGAAGACGGCAACAAGCCGGAAGAGGCGGUGUUGAAUGGGGUUUCAUAAAACAAGAGUUCUAGUUUACAGUUCUUUUUACAUUACAUUUUACAAUAGUGCUUGUAUAAGCUUGCCAAAGAUAGAGAAUACGGAUCGCGAGUCUUGACAGCGCACUUUCAGUUCCUGUUUUGGAAAACAGAAAGGGGAGGGAUCCUGAAGAAAUCCAAUGUUGAAACAGACCUUUUGACACCUACUGUGUUAUAAAUAUCAUCAGAUGUGCCUUGAGGAUAGUAUAUGUAACAUUUAAAUAAAAAAAACCAAUUGCUGGCUAUAGGAAAUGUUAUUUUGUUUUCAAAAUACGGCAGAGAUGUGGAGGGGGGAUCCCUAUCGUAACCUUCUUUAUGAAAGCGUUAGCUGCUUUUGUUACAUUUUUAAUAAUAUGCAACCACUUCUUCACCUGAGGAAAACUAGAAAAAAAAUGCAGUCUAAAAUAUUUUGCACUGAAUUGUAAUUUCUCCAUUAGUUUAGUCUGGAAACUGGUCUGUUUUAAUACAUGUUUUUUAAAAAAUGCUGUAUGUAGUGGGGGAAAAAACUGCAGGCCACUGGAAUACAUUUAUUAAAUUCUCAAUCUGCAGGGAUAUUGGGCGACAUUGGCAGUGACUGUUCUACAUUGAGGCUUUGUUUGAUUUAUUUAUUAAACUGUACAGUAUUUAAAAAUCAAACAUAGCUUUAGUUAAAACACUUAAAGCUGAAUUAGUCAUGUCCAUUCAGACAUAACCAGAACUACUGAAAAGAUCAAUUUCCAGAAAAAAAGUUUAUUCUGUAUAAACUACAUAUGUUAGUCCUUAGAGUAUUUUUAUUUUUGUUUUGGUUGUUUGAUGUGCAAUAUGUUUUUGUAUGCUGUAGGAAAAAAAAUAAAUAAACUUUGAUCUUCCA